UCCAAACUUGCCUAAUACUUCUCUCAUACAUUCUUUUGCCAUCUUUCACUCAUAUGAUUCAAGCUUUAGAAUACUUUUCUUAAAAUCUUAGCUCUGGCUAAGUCCUUCAAUCAAGCUAGAGAAGCUUUCUGGAUGAUUUUCUCAGUCACAGAAUUCAGGAAAUCCCCAGUUAUUGAGACACAUUUUCUCGAUUUUGAAUCCUUCCAGUCAAUACUGCAGAUUUGGAGCCGAGCCAAAUUUUAAGGCUCAAUUACUUAAGCGUAAACGAGUUUUAUUUCUGCAAACAGCUUGGAGUAAUAUUUUCAACAGAAACUGACCUAUUUGAGAGCUAUAAAGAUGGAGUUCCUUAAUAAUCCUCGGAUUGAUGUACACAAUAAUAUCAUUCACUUGCUCAAUAUCUAUUACUUUGCCAAAUCAAUUAAGACCAAAUCUCAUUACUUUCCGUGGAAAAAAAGAUUACAGAAAUUCUUUCACAAAGAGCAGGUUCGAAUCUAUUUUAUAGAUUCUGAAACCAUUAAUGUUUUGAAGAAUCUGACAUUUGAUGUCCUCCAUGAAUUCAACACCUUGUUUAGAUUUUCAAUCUAAUUCAACUUGACUGUUCCAUUUUUCUAAAAUCUGUUUACUUGUGACAAUCUCGUAAAUCUGUUUGAGAUCAUCUAUAUUUGAACACUCCACCUUGAGCAUGGCUCUCUGCUUGAACAUCAUAAAUUUUGAUUUGAUAUCCUCAAGUUCGGUUUUGAUCUUGCUGAUUUCAGAGUCUUGUGAUCCUUUGAAACUAUCGAUGCUGGUAAAUUUUUUAACUUCGUCUCUGUCAAUUCCAAGAUAAUCUCACAUCAGGUUCAUAUAGUGUUGGACACACAAAUUUCUAAAUGGUUGGCUACUCUUGAUUUCUGUUACAAUGGCUUUGACUUGGUUUCGAUUAGUUUGUACUUUUCAGUCUCAUUAUUUUCUAUGCACGAAUCAAACUUUAUGGAUAUCUCUGGUAUCUUGCUUUGAAUAUUAUUCAUCAACACUUUUAACUCUUCUUGGUUAUUUUGAUCUUCAACUUGCUCUAAGUCUAAUUUAAA